AUGUCCAUCGCUAAUGCAGCCGCGCAGGCCAUGCUGUCGGACGCCUUGCUCCGGGACGGCGCCGGGGGCAACCAUAUCGGUCACCUGGAGCUGGAGCUGCCGCUCGACAGGGUCAUCAAGUUUGUGUCCGUGGGGCUGCCCUUGCUGCUGGUGUCCAUGGCCUUCGCUCGCGAAAUCUCCAUCGGUCAGUCUAUCAGCUGUUUCCCACCUAACAACUUCACAGCCAGGCAGGCAGCCUAUGUUGACACGUACUGCUGGGACUCCCUUAUGCACCAUGAGUUUGACACAGAUGGAAACUUCGAGGAGCGAUCCCUCUGGGUGCACAAGAUUUUCCCGUACUCUCUGUUGGCUAUGACCAUGAUGAUGUACCUGCCUGCCCUCAUCUGGCGUUUCCUCGUGAUGCCAUCGCUGGGCUCUGACCUGCUCUUCAUCAUUGAUGAGCUGGACAAGUCCUACAACCGCUCCAUACGAUUGGCUCAGAGCAUCCUGGAGAUGCGCCAGAACACCCAGAACCCCCUCACCUUCCAAGCCGAGCUUGAGAGGGCCAAGAGGAAGCGCUACUUCGAGUACCCCCUGCUGGAGAGGUACAUGCAGAGCAAGCAAAGCUCCUACUUCCUGGUCAGCAUGCUCUUUCUUCGCGGCUUCCUCUUGCUCACCUUCAUGUCGGCCGCCUGCCUCUACCUCGUCUAUUUCCACAUGUCCGCCUUCCUCCAGGACGAGUUCAGCUGCUUCGUCCGCACGGGCCUGCUGCGUGACCAAAACUGGGUUCCCGAGCUGGUCCAGUGCAAGAUGACCGGCCAACUGGUCUUCCAGGUGAUUAGCGUGGCUAACGGCGCUAUCUAUGUCCUGCUGGUGCCUAUCGUGCUGUUCAGCUUGGUCCGCCUCUUCUGCUGGGAUACGACUCUAUUGUCGGUGUAUGAGGUUCUCCCCGCAUUGGGCCUCAACAGUGGUCGCAAGCUGGGCUGCCCACUCAACGACCUCAACGUUCUUUUACUGUUUCUGCGCGCUAACGUGGUGCACCUGCAGUCUUAUGGCAGGCUGAGGGCUAUAUGCUCGCUGGCGCCCCCGCAGAUCGGUAAGGGGAAUGGCAUGAAGGGUGUGAGGAUGCUGACGGCGGAGGAGAUCGAGGAGAGGGCCGAGAUGGCGCAGGAGUUGGAGGAGGACGUGGAGGAGCUGCGGGAGGAAGGGAAGCUCAACCUGGUGGACAUCAUGACCAUCUUAGGAGCAGCCCGGGGAAACGCUGUCAACUGCACCGAGUCCAGGCCACUGGUGGAGGAGAAUAUGAGUCUGGAGCCAAACCACCAGGGGUACCAUGAGUUGAAGGAGACUGCAUCAUGUAAAAAUGACUAA